ACAAUCAAAACAUAGAGAGGGUACCAGAGUGAGAGACAGAGGCAUUGAAGAAAAAAAAUAAGGAGAAAUAGAGAGACAGAGAAAGAGGGAGAGAGAAAGAGAGAGAGAAAGAGGGAGAGAGACAGAGAGUAAUUGAUUAAGUUGACGCACUGACCAAAACAUCUCUGUGGGAAAUCAGCCCUUCAGGUAGAGGAAGGUGCCUUGAACCUUUGUGGGACGAACAGCAUCUACGUCCUGUUCACAGGAGCCUCUGACUGUAGAGGAAGUGUGAGCGUCAUGUCUGAGUCCAGCGUGCUGCUGCUAGCUGGCCUGGUGCUGCUCCUGCUGCUGCUGUUCUGGAGGAGGAGGGGGACACAGGGGCGUGCACUGCCCCCAGGCCCCACUGGGCUGCCCCUGCUGGGAAACCUGACCCAAGUGGACAGGAGAGCGCCCUAUAGGACCUUCAUGAAGUGGAGUAAGCAGUAUGGGCCAGUCAUCUCUGUGCAUUUUGGACCCCAGCACUUAGUGAUUCUGAGUGGGUACCAGACUGUAAAGGAGGCCCUGGUGGACCAGGCAGAUGACUUUGCAGGAAGGGCACAGAUACCUUUGGCCAUGAAAUUGUUGAAAGGAUAUGGUUUGAUCUUCAGUAACGGUGAGCGCUGGCUCCAGCUGAGACGCUUCACACUGAGCACGCUCAAAGACUUUGGGAUGGGGCGCAAGAAGAUGGAGCAGUGGAUUCAGGAGGAGAGCACACACCUGCUGGAGAGCCUGAGACAAACCAAGAUGGCUCCAUUUGACCCCAUGUUUGUCCUGAGCCGUGCCGUGUCCAACGUGAUCUGUGCUCUGGUGUUUGGGCAGCGCUUUAGCUAUGACGACGUCAACUUCCUGCGUCUUCUCCAGAUCAUCUCUUCUGUGGCUCGCUUUGGAAGCAGCCCCUGGGGACCGCUGUACAACAUCUUUCCCACGUUGAUGGAUCUCCUACCUGGGCCCCAUCAAACGGUCUUCAAACUGAUGGACGAGCUGAAAGCCUUCAUUAAAGACAAGAUCCAGCAGCACAAGGAGACUCUGGACCCAGACAACCCUCGAGACUUCAUUGACUGUUUCCUCAUCAGACUCGAGCAGGAGAAAGAUAUCCCAACCACGGAGUUCCACUAUGAUAACCUGGCAGCAACAGUCUUGAACCUUUUCCUGGCUGGGACUGAAACCACCAGCACCACCAUCAGAUUUGCCUUGAUGAUACUCAUAAAGCAACCGGACAUUCAAGAACGCGUGCAUAAGGAGAUCGAUUCAGUGCUUGGCCAAUACGGUGUCCCACGAAUGGAAGACAGGAAGUCCCUCGCCUUCACUGAUGCCGUCAUCCAUGAAGUUCAGCGCUAUAUGGACCUCGUACCCCUCAAUAUCCCCCACAUGGCCACCAAGGACAUCUCAUUCAAGGGUUACACCAUUCCUAAGGGCACCACGAUCCUUCCCAUGCUGCACUCUGCACUCAGGGACGAGGACCAAUGGGAGAAGCCCUGGACCUUUAACCCUGACCACUUCCUGGAGAACGAUGGCAGUUUCAAGAAGAACCCAGCAUUCCUUCCCUUCUCUGCAGGUAAACGGGUGUGUGCAGGUGAGUCAUUGGCACGGAUGGAGCUCCUGAUCUUUCUGGUGUCCAUACUGCAGCAGUUCCACCUCAGCACCUCUGGAGGCCCAUCCAGCAUUAACAUCAGCCCAGAGCUCAGCAGCUUCGCCAAUCUGCCUCACCAAUACCAGCUCAUUGUCACCCCCCGCUGACCAACAGUGGUACUGCAGCUCAGAACCACAAAGUUCUGUCCUAUACCUGAAGAAUGAAGAAAAAACUGCAUAGUGUGUUAGGGCACUAGCAUGCACAAUAACACUAAUAACUCAUCAUGCAGCAAUUUCUUGAAUGACAUUGAUAAAUUAUGGUCGGAUGAUGAUAAACCUUUUUGUCUUGUUGUCAAUGUGAUGUGAUGAGUUUACUAUGUAAAUGCUUUCUAAAGAACAAUGCGCUAGGCAGCGCUACUUUGUAUUUACUUUGUAAGUGACACAUUAUUUUGCAUGGAGGGCUUUUUAUUUUGCAAGACAGUAGAUAUGUGUAGUUUCUAGUUUUGUUCUGUUGCCCAACAUUGUGACAGUGUAAAGAAAACAAAUGUUUCUACAUUGUGCAAGAAAAAAUGACCAAUAUACAGUAAAACACC